GAGCGCGGAGUCGGUGAGGGUCUGCGCGCGCGGGCAGCGGAACGCUGAACGGAGGUAGGGCUGCGGGAGCGCGAGAGGAGGAAAGCGCGAGGCGCAGUGCAGAGCAGAGCAGCGCACGAGCUUCUCCUGCGCGGACUCUCUCUUUCUCUCUCUCAGGCACGCGCGCGGAUGCUGGGAGCGCGCUGAGCUCGCGAGCCGCGGAAGAGCAGGAGGAGGAGAAGAAGGGGAAGGGGGGAUUUCGUGAAGCGCGCGCGACACCCGUACACCCAUGCUUGGGACCUGGCCGCGCGUGCCUCCGCCAAUGCUAAAGGAAAUAUGCAGCGAAGCCUCGCUCUGCUGUGCACGUGCUGCCUGGCACUGUGCCUCGCCUCGAGCUUCCCGAGCAACAUCAACAUAGGUGGAUUGUUCCCGACUGAAUCUCACGAGUAUGAGGUGUUCCGGUUCGCGCUCUCGCACCACCAGGAUAUUCCCAAACUGGUGCCGCAGGUGGAUAUGGUCAAGUUGGGAAACAGCUUCUCCAUGACGUACGCCUUCUGUUCACAGUUUGCUAAAGGAGUGUAUGCCAUCAUCGGAGUGUAUGACAGGAAGACGGUGAAUAUGCUUAUGUCGUUCUGCGGAGCUCUGCACGUCUGCUUCGUUACGCCCAGCUUUCCCAUCGAGACCUCCAACCAGUUCGUGAUUCAGCUGCGGCCCGAGCUUCAGGACGCCCUGGUGGGAGUUAUUGAACACUACAAGUGGAGCAAGUUUGUCUACAUGUACAGCUCAGACUCAGGACUGACCGUCCUGCAGAAGGUUCUGGACACGGCGGCCGAGCGGAACUGGCUGGUGACCUCGGUGAACGUGGAGACCAUGACCGAGGCGUCCUUCCUCAAAGUCUUCCAGGACCUGGACAAGAGGAAGGAGGGCCAGAUCAUCAUCGACUGCGAGCUGGAGCGCCUCGCCUCCAUCCUGAAGAAGGUUGUGGAGCUGGGGAAGAAUGUGAAGAGCUAUCACUACAUACUGGCUAACCUGGGGUUUCUGGACAUUGAUCUGACAGAGUUUAAGAAGGGCGAGGCCAACGUCACCGGCUUCCAGCUAGUGAACUACGACGAUACAAACAUCAGCAGAAUAGUGCAGCAGUGGAUGGACUUCGACAAUAAAGACCCCAAAGUUCCCAAAAGAGGACUAAAGUACACUGGAGCUCUCACGUAUGACGGGGUUAAAGUGAUGUCCACGGCCUUCCAGAACCUCCGCAGACAGAGGAUUGACAUAUCUCGACGCGGCAACGCUGGAGAAUGCCUGGCCAACCCCCCGGCCCCCUGGGGACAAGGCAUCGACAUUCAGAGAGCUCUGCAGCAGGUCCGGAUCGAGGGCUUAACGGGACACAUCCAGUUUAACGAGAAGGGCCGGAGGACCAACUACACGGUCAGCGUGAUGGAGCUCAAACCCACAGGGCCAAAGAAAGUAGGAUACUGGAAUGAAGACGAGAAGUUUGUGAGCACGGCGGCCUUCACGCCAGGCAGCAACGACACCUACGGAUUUCACAACCGCACCUACAUCGUCACCACCAUCCUGGAAUCUCCGUACGUGAUGCUGAAGAAUAAUCAUGCACAGCUGGUGGGGAAUGAUAAGUAUGAGGGGUACUGUGUGGAGCUGGCGGCUGAGAUCGCUAAACACGUGGGAUACCAGUACAAACUCAAGAUCGUUUCAGACGGGAAGUACGGCGCGAGAGACCCCGAGACCAAGAUGUGGAACGGGAUGGUGGGAGAACUGGUGUAUGGGAAAGCCGAUGUCGCCGUGGCGCCGCUGACCAUCACCCUGGUGCGAGAGGAAGUCAUUGACUUCUCCAAGCCCUUCAUGAGCCUGGGCAUCUCCAUCAUGAUCAAGAAGCCCACCAAGUCCAAACCGGGGGUCUUCUCCUUCCUGGACCCUCUGGCCUACGAGAUCUGGAUGUGUAUUGUGUUCGCCUACAUUGGCGUGAGCGUGGUGCUCUUUCUGGUGAGCCGCUUCAGCCCGUACGAGUGGCACGCCGAGGACUACGAGGAAGCGGCCGAGGCCAACGGCAACCAGCCGUCCUCCUCCACCGGCCAGGUGGGCCAGAGCACCCAGACCCAGCCCCAGCAGAGCCCGGAGCAGACCAACGAGUUCGGCAUCUUCAACAGCCUGUGGUUCUCUCUGGGAGCCUUCAUGCAGCAGGGCUGUGAUAUCUCCCCCAGGUCUCUCUCAGGUCGUAUUGUGGGAGGCGUCUGGUGGUUCUUCACCCUCAUCAUCAUCUCCUCCUACACGGCUAACCUCGCAGCCUUCCUGACGGUGGAGAGGAUGGUGUCGCCUAUAGAAAGCGCUGAAGAUCUGGCCAAGCAGACGGAGAUCGCUUACGGCACGCUGGACGCCGGAUCCACCAAAGAGUUCUUCAGGAGGUCGAAGAUCGCUGUGUUUGAGAAGAUGUGGUCCUACAUGAAGUCUGCAGACCCCUCGGUGUUCGUGAAGACCACUGACGAGGGGGUGAUGAGGGUCCGGAAGUCUAAAGGGAAGUACGCCUACCUGCUGGAGUCCACCAUGAACGAGUACAUCGAGCAGCGCAAGCCCUGCGACACCAUGAAGGUGGGCGGGAACCUGGACUCUAAAGGCUACGGAGUCGCUACGCCUAAAGGAUCCAUGCUCAGAAUCCCCAUAAACCUAGCGGUGUUGAAACACAAUGAGCAGGCCGUCUUAGACAAACUGAAAAACAAAUGGUGGUACGAUAAAGGCGAGUGUGGAAGCACGGACUCCGGACGAAAGGACAAGACGAGCGCUCUGAGCCUCAGUAACGUGGCCGGUGUUUUCUACAUCCUGAUUGGAGGACUGGGUCUGGCCAUGCUGGUGGCGCUGGUGGAGUUCUGCUAUAAGUCGAGGACUGAGUCCCGCAGGAUGAAGCAAUCCAUUAACGACGCCAUGCGCUGCUCCACGCUGACGCGGAUGAGCGGAAACGGCAGCGGCGGGGAGAACGGACGCAUCGUCGCCCACGACUUCCCCAAAUCCGUGCAGACGUUACCGUGCAUGAGCCACACGGCAGCCAUGGGCCUCGGCGCCUCGGGCAUGUGAGCUCUUUCUCCUCGAGCGCCGGCACAGAUCCCCAGCCCUCGGUCCGAACCCCUCCCACCCCCGUCCACUGACCCCACCACACACCCGCCCCUACCACCCUGCCCUGCAGCGGAGACACCGUACUGCCAAAACAAUAAAACUCUCUCCUGGACUUCUCUCUGCAAGAAAGCGGCCACUCUGAAAACUCUUUUCUAAUGAAAAUUUUAAAAAAGAAAUCAAAAUCGUUUCAGCGGAGAGAAAAAAAACCCAGAAAAGAACAGAACAGACCAGACGAGAGGAACGGAGACGAAACGCAGCACAAUAAAAAGCUUUUCAAAGACCCGACAGCGGGCAUCCACGAGACGUGCUCAUGCUACUAAAAAAAAAAAAAAAACAGAAACAGUGGAGUUUUGACACUAAUGCCGUGUCAGUACGAGAGAUCUGUUUACUUACGUCUUAAGUGUGCAAUAUUUUGGUUCAUAUCAGUGUCUGAUCUACAAAUGUCGUCUCUUACCCUGUUUUCUUUGAUGGAAACGGGAUCCACAUCCUCAGAAAAAGGUGUAAUUGUUUUGCACAGGCUCCUGCAGUGUGAAGAUUCACUGGAGGACUCGGUAUCCCAAAAGCAUCUUAGCUCAAAGCUGAUUCUUUAACUCUUUUACACUCAGCCCCGGUUCUAGACUGCUUUGCUUGGGUGGUUAGCAGCAGCACUAAACACUGUUAGCAGCAGUUAGCGCUAGUAAAUGCCGCCCGAUAGCACUACACUGAGGAACCCUGAGUGAUCCAGUAACCCAGAGCACUAUCAGCUAGCGGUUCAUCCAAUGUAGCUUGUUUUAACACGGUAAACACACAGAAUACAGUCCAGUAUACUCGCUAAUUUUAAUGCUGAUCCAGCCUUGGUGCUGGAGAAACUUCACUGAAAACUCAGCCUUAUAACACUGUACUUCCGCAGAGUGGCUUUACUGCUUCUUAAUUCCUAUAUAUAUAUAUAUAUAUAUAUAUGCAUCAGAUUAUUUGAUGCACUGUCGAUUUUUGAAAAAAUGAAAGAAUUUUAAGUGUACUUUAUAAUCCAAAAAAUACAAUACUUUCACUGAAGAGUUUCAGUUGCAUUUAAUAGACAUUUUGUUGUCUCUCAGUUCAAUGUUAGUUGAGCAUCUAUGUUUUAGCUUGGUUUUACCAAAUUGAAAACCUCUGGAACAUAAUCAAGAGGAAGAUUUCAUUUUUUGCAGCAGGAGUAAAGGCAUAAAGUUUUCCAAAAGCAGUGUGUAAGACUGGUGGAGAAGAAUAUGAUGCCAAGAUGCAUGAAAACUGUGAUUAAAAACCAAGGUUAUUGCACCAAAUAUUGAUUUCUGAACUCUUAAAACUUUAUGAAUAUGAACUUGUUUUCUUUGCAUUAUUUGAGGUCUGAAAGAACAUAUAACUAGGAAUAGCAAAAUUAGAGAAACUGAUUUAGAAACUGAGCUUUAUAAUAGAGCAUCUAAAUAAAGUGACACCAAUGGUUUUAAUGCCCCAAUUAUUAUUAACCGGAUCUUUCCUGCGUUAGAAAGUUGGCCUAAGGUGCUUUUGGGAAACUGGGCCCUGGAGGAGUUUGGAUUAUAAGCGACUGGUUUUACUGAUGCCCGGUAUUAUCAGAUGACGCUUUUUUAUAUGCCCUCCACCGUUAACUCUACACAGCCUAAUUAAAAGAAGAAAACAUAUCAAUUUGUUAGUCUGUUGAUAGUGUAAAUACUCUGGUGUAAAUCUUAACCUGGGCGAGGGUUAAAUUUGAUUUGUUGUUGAUGCUUAGAGCAUAGCAUAUUGAACUUGUUGAUUAUCUUGCUGUGUGACUCUUUUUUUCCCCGCUUUUUUUUUCACCUCAACAACCUUGCAUUGCUGCUACGCCUCAUUUAAGGUGCCAUACCUCAUUUGUACCGGAUGGGCUUGAGAGCGUUGUCACACGUUCGGAUCUGCAGUUUCAUCCGGAGCACUGGCAGAAGGGCGGCGGUGAAAAUGUCACGAGCUGCUGUGGUUAAAUGUAAUUUAAUGAGCUUGUCAUUUGUCGUUUGGCCCCGAUAUUCACUUUACCCUGGAUCUGUACUGUGAGCUGAGCCAAAGCUGGGCUUUCUUCAGUAGUGAUACUACACUACACUACACUACACACACAUGCUUUUAAUACAGUGAUUUAUCUUCUUUUUUUUUCCAUCAACCAUCUGUCUAUUGGAAAGAAAUCAAUGGGCUUUUCUGCACUGCCUUGCAUUAAUAACUAACACAACACUGAUGCAUUUGUUAUGCCUUCAUUAAUAUAAGCAUAAUCAGAGCACUGAGUGGUCCAGGGGUCUAAAGCACUAAGCCACUAUGAUUUUAGAUUUUUAUGAUGGGAGAUUGUUGGAAUUGCUCAAAUCCCAGUCAUGCAGCUUGCCAUCAGCUGCCAGAGCCCUAAGAGAGCACAAUUGGCCUUGCUCUCUCUGGGUGGGUACAGUAGAUGGCGCUCUUUCCCCUCUUUAUUCCUAGGGUGAUUGAUGUUAAUCAGCACAAGGCUGCGUCUGUGAGCUGAUGUAUCAGAACCGAGUCGCUGCACUUUCCUCCAAGUGUUAUCGCUGUGAUGCUCCUGGUGUUGUGGUAUCACUAGUGAAUAUGCAACUUACUUACAUAUUAAGUAUGUAAGUAAGUUGCUGCCAUUCUAGAACCAAACACUGAGAGAGUGUGUGUAUAUGUACUCAUAUCUCAAUAUAUUAUGACCACCCUUAGUUUGGCCUGGGUUGUCACAGACACUGUAAACAAGUGUCCAUGGGCAAAGGACACAAUUUGACUUUUGUCCAAAAGGCCUUUAUUUAAGGGUACCUGAUAUAAGAUUGUAGUAUCUCGGACACCAUUAACUUUAUGGGAUGUUUUUGAGCCAUCACAGUAAAGAUAAAUGGUAGGGAAUGGACUUCUCACUCAUUGGGACCUAUCUUACACCCCACCAACAGUCUAUAUAUUUUUUUGCCUUCUUUUUUCUACGUUGUUUAAAUAGCAACGUUACUUCUGAAUAUAUACACACCGAUGGGUGUUCAAGUAAAUUUCUGUUGUAUUGCUAUCUUGGCAAAAGAAAACACCCCUGACUGAAUAGAACCUGGACAGACGUCGGUAGUCAGACAUUCAUUGCUAUCUUGGCAACACAGGUGUGCCACCUCUGCUCAACACGUGUACAAGUAGCAGUGCACAAACCCAACUCUUACAUCAACAAAAUAUAAACAGAAUAUAAAAUAAAAUAACAUUGCUGUUCCUGUAAAUUACUUACUCGUUGAUGCUCUUUCCUGUGCUGAUUAAUGCAGAAGAGCUGCACUGUUAAAAUAGCAGUCCGCCAAAGUCAGAGCACACCUUGCUCUCAAAGGGAAUAGGAAGUGACACACUGAUUGGUUUGUCAUUUUAUGCCCAAAAUACACCUAUGAUUAAUUAAGAGAAUUAGUACAUGCCUUAUUUACGUGUUUCGAGCCAUGCAAAGGUGUACUUUUCCCGUCGUUACGAUAGCAAAGACACUUUGACAUGCCCUAAAUCAAACUACACAGUCCGCAGUUGAUAGGCCGUUGAUGCCCUAGGGGAACUACGGCUCCUGGAUAUGGAAUUUAAGUACAGUUCAAUUGGCGCACCAUAAUUAGAUAUAUUAUAUAUUUAAGAAAUACUUCUUUCCUCUUACUCAAAACCAAAUACAUUCCAUGCUACCAAUGGUGGUUAUUCAAAACCAUUAGUUAGGUGGUCAUAAUGUUCUAUUAUGACUAUGAAUAUUUCACACACACAUAUGGACCAAAAUAUAAUAAAAUGAUAAAGAGGUGGCAUGCCUUUAUUCUCUCCACACACUCUACACACACACAGGGGUCCACACUGAAUAUUUAAUCGAUCUGCAGUUGGGGUCCCUCGCUGACCUUUCAAUGCUCCCAUUUUAUAGACCAUCAGUGUUUAAACCAGAGUUUAGCAGGAACAGAUUGAGCCUGAUCAAAAUCUGAAGCUUUUACUACAGAAAAUCACCGCUGGCAUGUUAGCCCACAUCCAGCCCUCAUUAGGGUUUAGAGAUAAAGCUCUAAUUCUCAGUUUAUUGUGUUUAAAAAUUGUGUUUUAUUACCAUUCUCACCCCAAACACUUUGUGCUCAAAAGAAAAAAUAUAUAAAACUGUUUUUGUACCGUUUUUUUUUUUUUCUCACUCUUUGCUUUUGGUUUCUUUCACAUCUGCUUUAUGAAGGCACAGCGCUCUGGGUCCACUGUGGCCUCGGGUCAGAACAUAUUUUGUAAAGCGUGACCAAUUUGUAAAAUCCAAAUGUGAGCGAGUGACAAAAAGAGAGAAAGAGAGAGAGAGAGAGAUACUUCAACAUUUGUAUAAUACGGAUUUUUGAGAGCGUGAGAGUGAAUCUGUGUUUUUCACAUGAGAAAAAGCUUCGUUCAUGUUAAAGAUCAUGUUUUUUUUGUAGAGAUGUAUGAAUCACUGGACGAUCUAUUCCGGAUACUUUGCGUUUCUGGUCGAGUGUUACGAUAUUUUCUUCUUUCUUUUUUUUCAGCGAUUCCUCAACGCAGAAGUGAUCCUGUGCACUCGUUCAUAUUACACAACCUCGUCGUUUGUUUCCGUUUCCUGUUUACUCGUUUGUUUCCUGUUUUCUAUUGAACAUUGCGGAGAGGUACAGUCGCAUAAAAACGGAAUGAAUGGAUGGACAAUACAUUCAGUCAAUAAUGAGUACAACAAAUAAAACUUUUCUAACUAAA